AAGCAACAUGGCGGCUCUCCGGCAUGUGCGUACCGGUUUUACGUCAAAAUGGAUCAAUUUGCUUGGCGGACAGAGCUCAGUUGGGCAUUUCAAUGAAACUGCAUUGAAAGAGGGUAGAUUGAAUACCAUACAGAAAAGAUGGUUCCAUCCAACAAAUUUAAAGAAGUUCCAUGACACAGGUACUCAAAGCAGUCCAUUAAGUGCAGGGCUAAUAUCCAGUCGUUAUGGUGUGGGACCAACCUGGAGUGUGCUUUCUGCACAAAGACAACGCUACAAUAGUACAGAUGCCACACAGACAACCCCGGCCACUUCUGGUUAUAUACUGGAGCCACCAUCUCUGCCUGAUGUUAUCGAUGUGUCACAGACUGUGAAUGCACUCGGAGAACCCUCUCUAGCUAGUAUGGGACUAGGAAAUUACACCCCUUCAGGCUUGUAUCAACAUGGCCUCGAGUUUCUUCAUGUCGGUGUUGGUAUGCCCUGGUGGGAAGCAAUACUUGUAUCUACCAUUUUAGUACGAGUACUGUCCAUCCCAUUGGCGGUUUUGUCUCAAAGGGUUACGGCAAACAGUAUGAACCAUAAACCCAAGAUGGAUAAACUGCAGGAAAAGCUCUCCGAGGCCAAGUUAAAUAAAAACAUGGAACAGUAUGCAAGAGCAAAUUUGCAAUUAACAAGAUUCAUGAAGGAAACGAACACCAAUCCAUUGAGAUCCAUGAUGUAUCCUAUGUUACAGAUGCCAAUAUUUCUUUCUGUAUUCAUUGGUCUAAGAAAGAUGGCGUAUUACCCAGUGGAAAGUAUGAUGGAUGGAGGUCUUUGGUGGUUUAUUGAUCUAACGACUUCUGAUCCCCUCUUCAUCCUGCCAUUCCUCACCUCCGCAACACUUCUCCUUUCCAUUGAGUUGGGAUCUGAUGGAGUGUCAAGUAAAACAGUGGGGACAAAUACAAAAUAUGUUGUGAGAGCCAUACCAAUUAUCAUGAUACCCGUCAUGAUGUAUUUCCCAGCUGGCUUGAAUUUGUAUUGGUUGACAUCAAACCUGUGUGGUCUAGCAAUAGCAUCAUUUCUAAGACAAGAUCGCAUUCGAAAGAUGUGCAAAAUCCCUGUAAAAAUUAUUCACCCAGUAUCAGAGACAGAAAAGAAACCAUUUAAGCAGGUCAUGAAGGACGGUUGGGCACAAUUUAAAAGGAAACAGAAAAUGAAGGAGACAGCAAACCAGACAAUGGCUGAUUUCAAGAAAGCGGGGACAGGACCUUUAACAAAAACGUAUGCAGCUGAUCCGACUUUAAGUAAAAGGAAACAGUUAGCAAAGAUUGAUUUAAAGAAAUCGGAGAUUGGACCUUUAACAAAAACUUAUGCAACUGAUCCAACUUCAAAGAAGAAAGUUACGAAGAGCUUACAUUAGGACUGAUUGCUGUUACAAUGCAGAAAUGUAAAACUAUGAAGUUGUUACGACAGAUCACAGAACAAUAAAAACUUGUGACGUCAGGACAGUCAAAAGGUACAUAAAAGUGACGUUAAAACGCACAGCUGUUACAACAGUUGGGCUUUGACAAGUCAGAAAGAUGUACCGAGUGAUAUUUGUUAGAUUACUGUUUAUAACAUCUCAGAUUUUGUUACUUUGAAAAAAUAUGUUUAUUUUUCCAAUAUUAUUCGAGUGAUAGUGACUACUUCACUAUUGCCAAACAGUGUCUGAGCAACAGGUUUCCUUGUUUAUGAUAUGGGAAGUAAGACAUUGUUCUGCAAUGAAAUUCACAUUUAUGUCUGUGGUUAAUACAGACCAUAGGUUUAUCUAUAGAAGUCGGUUUUGGCUCACUGAGCUGAAGAGCAGUAUUCUUUCUUCGUUGUAUAACAAGCUAUCAUAUUCCCCAAACAGUAUUGUAGAUUCUUGUUGGCCUCAUUGUUAGAUCUUAACUGUAAAAUUGUUACCCUGGGGCAGUGAUUGUGUAUGCCUGAAAUGCAUCAGAAGUAAUGUGGUUGUAAACAAUACUUUUUGAAGAUCAUCUGGUACCAGAUCUGUAAAGAGUGUAUGUGUAUUAUGUGUAGGUAUUGCUGCUUGUUUAUAUGUAGGCGUUAAUUUAAUUUUCAAUGCAUUCUUGUACAUGUUGAAGUCUUAUUUAUAACUUUGAACAAUUUAUCUGUAUUCGGUUUUCCAAGAUUUAGUAAGAAAUUUUAAAUCCUGGUAGAUGACUUAAUCAGUUAGGAUCUACCUGCUUGGUCGAAGAAAUUUUUCAAAUAUGUUUAUAACACAAUUCAUAUCUCCCAAACAUUGCAUGCCUUUAAAUGCAUCAUAUUCAUUAGGAAGAUUGUUUUGGUAUCAACUGUAGGAAACUAGCAUUUUAGUUUUGAUUUAAGGCAAAGCUUCACAAAAUAUCAUCACACAAGCUUAAGCCUAAGGAGGCACAUUAGUUUAGUGGUAGGAUGCGGGGCUUGUGACCGAAGGGUUGCGGGUUUGAGUCGCAUCACGGCACUGUGUUGUAUCUUUAAGCAAAAUACUUUACUCCGCUUAUUCCAGUCUACUUAGCUGUAAAUGAGAACAUGUGGUUAGGCAGUGCUAGAAUUGUUGAAUGCUAGCUGUGAGUGCCGGAAUGGCAGCACCGGAAUGGCAGCACCGGCUGUAUGCACACACAUCCCCAGCCCCCAGGAAGUUGCCCUAUAUCCACAGAUAAUAAUUUGUGAACCGCAUUGCGACAACUUUCAAACUAGGUUGUGAUAAAGCGGUAUAUAAGAACCUCGAGUUAUUAUUAUUAUUAUAUGGUGUAUAAGUGACAUGCCUAGAACAGAACAGAAUUGUAAGUUACAUAUGCAGUAAGUUAUAUUCAACAAGACAUUUCUUGGCCAGUAAGAGUGAUGCUAAAUGCAUAGAUACCAAUGGGACAUCAAAGCAUCUACUUUCACUGUUAAAGUAUAUCCUCCUUGUGCCAGUCACUCAUUUCAGUAAAUCAGAAUAAAAUUAAGAUCCAUGAUCAUCAAAAGCAGUCUACAAGUUCUUUGCAUAAAUUUAAGUAAAAUGAGGAUACCCAGUACUUUUUUCUUUAAAACCCAAAUAGGAAAUAGAGAAAGAAUAGGUUUAAAAGUUCAAACUUUUUUUUACAGUUAUAAUGUAUUGUGUUGAUGUAAGCAAUGAAGAAAUGAUGAUUAAAGAAUGUCUGAACUAAAUG